AUGGACGUUACUUCCUCGUCGCCGCCACCAACCCCUCCAUCCCCCCAUCAAACUCCGCCGUCGCCGUCGCCGUCGCAAACCUCACAGCCGUCGUCGUCUUCCUCGUCGCCCACAUCUAGCUGCCCCCUCAAGCCGAAUAUUGCAAAGAGAAUAUCUCCAACCGGGAUACCCAGCGACAUACCAACCAGCAUCCCGCGCUCUACUUAUAAUCCCCCCAAAACCGUGAUCGGACGCGCGCUAGGGAACGAGCUGCAUACGGAAGCCCACAAGCCUGUGCAAUUGACCUCUCAGCGCCGCCUGUCCAAGGACGGAGUCGGGAUGGCCCUGUCUGACACUCCGAUUUCUACCGCGCCGAGUUCUCCGCAGAUACGCGCGCAAUUACAAACACCCACCUCGUCCACCGCCACAACUCCCAAACCCCGCGCCACAACCCUCGACAUCCCAGGCCUCACCCGAUCCAAAGUCUCGCCCGAUGGACGCAUUCCUGAACGCGAUCUCGGUUCCAAGCUGAUUAUUGUCAUGGUCGGCUUGCCGGCUCGAGGCAAAAGUUACAUCACAAAGAAGCUGGCCCGGUACUUGAAUUGGCUGCAACAUGACACGCGCAUCUUCAAUGUUGGAGAGCGACGGCGCAUCGUAGCUGGCACGGGUGGUCAGGACCCGUCAAUGAUGCACGUCAGGGCUAGGACGACUAGCUCGAUUGAUCAACAACUCGUCGAAUCUGUGCGUCGGAUGAGUGUGACUGCAGUCACGUUUGCCGCGUCGCCUCCUUCGCUGCCUGAAAAGGCUGAUGCACCCCCACCGCCGCCUCUGUCGAUUUCACCGCCUGCUGAAAUCCUGGUCAAUGGUCAACCCGUCGACGCUCCGGGACCAACGCUGCUGUCACCAAGAGAGAGCUUGGCUGUCGAUGCAAAUGUUGAACCGAAGCGCGAAUCUAUCGACCAGUCUGCCGCUUUCUUCGACCCUCGAAACCGCGAAGCAGUCCAACUCCGCGAACAGGUUGCGCUGGCCACAUUGGAUGAAUUGCUGGAUUAUAUUCUUGAUCAGGGUGGUAGUAUCGGUAUUCUGGAUGCAACAAACAGCACACUUGAGCGUCGCAAGACGAUCAUGGACCACAUCCGUCGACGAGCCGGUCCGGAGUUGGGCGUGCUAUUCCUUGAAAGCCGCUGUGUCGAUCCUGUGUUGCUGGAAUCGAAUAUGCGACUGAAACUGUCUGGCCCAGAUUACCGAACUCAGGAUCCCAGCAAAGCGCUCGAAGACUUCAGGAAGCGAGUGGCUCUCUACGAAAAAUCCUACGUCCCUCUGGGCGAAUACGAAGAACUAAACGACAUGCCAUACGUACAAAUGAUAGACGUCGGCCGAAAAAUCGUCGCACACCAAACAAACGGUUUCUUAUCCUCACAAGUUGUUUACUACUUACUUAAUUUCAACCUUUCCCCCCGCCAAAUCUGGAUCACCCGCCACGGCGAAAGUAUCGACAACCAACUAGGCCGUAUCGGCGGCGACUCGGAGCUGAGUGAAAACGGCCACAAAUACGGCAAAGCACUCGCCAAAUUCAUCGACUACCAACGUCAGAAAUGGGAAGCAUAUCAAACGCAGAAAGCCAUGACCAGCCAUUUCCCACCUCACCCUGGUGACAGUACACCACCAAACCCAUCGUACGGAACACAGAGCACUAAACUGCGCAAUUUCUGUGUAUGGUCUUCAAUGAUGAAACGCGCUAUUCAGACUACAUCGUAUUUCAACGACGACGAUUACGAUAUUAAGCAGAUGCGAAUGUUGGACGAAUUAUAUGCCGGCAAGAUGGAAGGUCUGACAUACGAGGAAAUAAAAACCCAGUACCCAGAGGAAUACGAAAGUCGUCGGAAACAGAAACUUCAAUAUCGAUACCCCGGUCCAGGUGGAGAAGGGUAUCUGGACGUCAUCAAUCGUCUGCGAACAGUCAUAGUCGAAGUCGAGCGCACAACCGACCAUGUUCUACUGGUUACGCACCGCUCCGUCGCACGUGUCUUGCUCGCAUACUUUUUAGGGUUGGAUAGGGAUCACGUCGCCGGUCUCGAUGUCCCACUGGGUGUAUUGUAUAUGCUAGAACCCAAACCAUAUGGCGUUGAUUUCAAGGUGUAUAAAUACAACCCUGAGACGGAGUGGUUUGAUUACAUGCCUGAUUUUGAGUUGCAUCAGGCUCGAACUAUCUAA